AUGAAUAAUCGGUCCAACGAUAUUGACGCUGCCGCCGAGGGGACAUGUAAGUGGCUGUUUCACGACAAGACGUAUAACAGCUGGGCUGGGCGCAAUCAAAGCCUGCUCUGGAUCAGGGGAAAACCUGGCUCUGGGAAGUCAACACUGCUACGACACGCUCUCCACAAUACGGGAGCAUCCCAUAUCGGAGACAGAGCCUUCGUUCUCUCGUUCUUCUUCCACGGUCGGGGUACUGAACUCCAAAGGACGCCGCUUGGCCUCUUCCGGUCGCUCCUUUAUCAGCUCCUUGAACAUGUUCCCGACGCACUGUGCGACCUCGUCGACACCUUUCAACAACGCUGCGAGGAUCUUGGAAAGCCAGACGAAAAGUGGCAGUGGAAUCCAAGCGAGCUGCAACAGUUCUUCAAGUCUUCACUUCCGAGGGUCUUGGAGAGUCGCCCAGUCUGGUUAUAUGUCGACGCGCUGGACGAAUGUGGCCAACAAAACGCUAUUGAACUAGCCCAGGAAUUUAAGUCCCUUAUCCAUGGGCUCCAGUCCACUAGUGCACAGUUUCGCAUCUGCUUCACUUGCCGUCACUUUCCGAUUCUGGACUUUGGUAGCGAACAUGAAAUUUGUCUCGAGGAUAAAAACCAAAUGGAUAUUUCGACCUACGUGCAAACCCAGCUUUGUACCCAGACUACGAUGCCACCUAAGAUUCCACGAAUGAUUACGGAUCAUGCCUCUGGUGUUUUCAUGUGGGCACGUCUCGUAAUACAGCGCGUUCUUGACCUUGUGCGUGAAGGGUAUGGGUGGCGGAGGGUCGAAGAAGAUAUCAGUUCUAUCCCUCCUGACCUAAAUAAGUUAUACCAAGAACUCGUCCGGAGCAUGGACAAAAGUCCAGCUUCCCUGAGACUGGUCCAAUGGAUCUGCUUCGCCACGCGGCCCCUCUCUCUAGACGAGUUGCGCUGGGCUUUGAUCGUCAGUGCCGAUUGCUCGCUCAAGUCUUUGCAACAAUGCCGGAACGCGGAAGAUUUCGCAUGCGACUGCGAUAUGAUGGAGAGGAGACUCAGAACGCUUAGUCGCGGUCUUGCCGAGGUCGUACCAUCGUCUAACGUACGGGUCGUACAGUUCAUCCACCAGUCUGUCAAGGACUUUUUUGUCGAGGAAGGCCUAUCGUCUCUGGACAACAGCUCAAAGCCGGCUGAAACCCAGACUGCUAAGGCAGAUGUAGUCGGAAUCGCACACUAUCAGCUGUCUAGGACCUGUGUCCGGUACUUGAAAAUGGAGGAACUCGCUCAGUCAACUACCCGCGAUCGUAGUAGCUUAUUGUUUGAGUUCCCUCUAUUAGGCUACGUCACAACGUCAUGGGUGUCGCAUACAGAACAAAGCGAAACAAGGGAAGUCCCUCAAGACGAUCUUCUGGGCUAUUUCGGCUGGCCGUCAGAAGCUCUUAUGGGCCUAUGGGUGCACUUUUACAAUAUAGUCAGCCCAUACUCAGACAAGUGUCCGUCGAAUGGGACCAGCAUGCUACACGUGGUUUCGCGAUACCAGUUGAUAGGGCUGCUGCGAGUAAUUUUACAGAGGGUAGAUCAGGACGGCACUUAUAUCGACGGGAGAGACAACUCUGGUCGGACGCCGCUCUCGUGGGCCGCCGGGAAUGGCCAUGUGACCGUGGUCAAGCUGCUACUCGACACGGGCAAAGCCGAUGCUAGCGCGAAAGAUAAGCUUGGUCGGACACCGCUCUGGCUAGCUGCCGAGAAAUGCUAUGCCCCUAUAGUUAAGCUACUCCUCGACACGGGUAAAGCCGAUAUCAACGCGAAAGAUAAGAAUGGCCGGACGCAGCUUAUAUGGGGCGCCCGGAAAGGCUAUGUAGCCAUGGUCAAGCUGCUACUCGAGACGGGAAAAGCCGAUGUCAACGCGAAAGAUAAUAAUGGUCAGACGCCGCUCACGUGGGCAUCCAGGAAUGGCCAUACAGCCACGGUCCAGCUGCUACUUAGUUCUGCCGAUGCCCACGGGACGGAUACGGAUGUCAACGCGAAGGGCAUCAUUGGCGCAACACUGGGUUUAGUGGCCACCGGGUAUACCUGCAUAGCAAUUGCCAAGAAGCUUUUACUUAGUACGGCCAAAGUCUGGAUCAGCGUAAAGGGUAGAAUUGAUCCGACGCUGCUGCUUGUCGUGUGCUGUGUAGCCGUGGCCAGGGCCAUGCUGCUACUUCACACGGGCGAAGCGGGUAUAAAUACGCAGGGUAACAAUGAUCGGACGCCACUCUCGUGCGCAACGGAAAAAGGCCAUGCAGCCGUGGCCGGGGCCAUGCUGCUUGUCGGGUGCUAUGCAGCCGUGGCCAGGGCCAUGCUGCUACUUCACACGGGCGAGGCGAGUAUAAAUACGCAGGGUAACAAUGAUCGGACGCCGCUCUCGUGGGCAGCGGAAAAAGGCCAUGCGGCCGUGGUGAAGCUACUACUGGAGAUGGGUAAAGCCGAUGUCAACGGGAAAGAUAAGAGUGGUCAGACGCCGCUCUGGUGGGCAGCGGAAAAAGGCCAUACGGCCGUGGUCCAGCUGCUACUCGAGACUGGUAAAGCCGAUGUUAACGCGAAAGAUCAAAUUGGUCAUACGCCGCUUCUGCGGGCCGCCUGGAACGGCCAUACGGCUGUGGUCCAGCUACUACUCGACACGGGCAAAGCCGAUGUCAACUCGAAGAGUGUGUUUGGUCAGACGCCGCUCUCGCGGGUCUCUCUACGGAACUAUACCCCUAUAGUUAAGCUACUCCUCGGCACGGGUAAAGCUGAUAUUAACGUGAAGGAUAAUGAUGGUCGGACGCCGCUCUCGAAGGCCGCCGGGGGUGGCAGUACGGCCGUGGUCCAGCUGCUACUCGACACGGGCGAAGCCGAUAUCGAUGUGAAAGAUGAUAAUGGUCGGACGCCGCUCUCGUGGGCCGCCGGGGGUGGCCAUACGGCCGUGGUCGAGCUGCUCCUCGACAUAGGCAAAGCCGAUGUCAGCGUGGAGGAUGAGGAUGGCCGGGCGCCGCUCUCGUGGGCAGCUGAGAGAGGCAAUAUGGCCGUGGUCCAGCUGCUCCUCGACACGGGAAAAGCCCAUGUCAACGCGGAGGACGCGGAUGGUAGGACGCCGCUCUCAUUGGCUGAUCAGAAUGGCCAUAAGGCUAUUGCCAACCUUCUACAGCUUACCCCAUCUUCAUUAGCAUCUCUGAUAUGCUGA